UGAGCACCGAGGAGAGGGGGGGGCUCGGGGAGUUUAUUGGUUGGAAGCAACGACCACAGUGUUUUUUCGUGUUGUUUCUAGUAGCUUCACUAGCUAAUAGGUUCAUCACCACAUUUUUACAAACUACAGCGGUAACAGGAGAGAGUGAUUAAAUGACUUUCACAGCGCAACAAGAACCGAAAAGGGGGAUGCCAGCUAUCCGCUUGAGCAUCGUGGGAUUGAUGCUUUUUAUGAUGGUCGGUCCUGGAUCCAGUAUGGACGUUCAGGUUCCUCAGCAGAUCAAUGCUCUGAACGGAACCAAGGUGAAGAUCACCUGCACCUUCAACUCCUGCUACAAGAUGGAGAGCAGCAAGUUUGUCAUGAACUGGACCUUCCAGGAGACUCGUAAUGACACAGGAGAGAUGUUCAUGGCCUACAACCAAAAGAAAGGAAUGCUGCCGUUGCGAACUGAGCGUUUCGGUGACCGGGUGGUGUUUGCCGGUAACCUGGACAAGAAUGAUUUGUCCAUCACGCUGUCCGACGUCCAAAUGGAGGACGAGGGAAUCUACAACUGCAACGUCCGCAACCCUCCAGAUCGCAUCCAGGGACAGGGAACCAUCCAGCUGAACGUGGUGACAGAACUUCCACCUCCCCGAGACUCGACGAUUGCCGUGGCGAUUGGGGCAGCGGUGGGCGGGAUCCUGGCGUUGCUCAUCCUGUCGAUGGUAGUGGUGAAGUGUCUGCGCCACCACAGGAAACAGGAACUGGUGUCAGAGGAGCAGAAGAUUGAAGAGGAGGGCAAGCUAGACCCGGAGGGAGGCGCCGAGGAAGGAACCAAACAGUGCUAAUCUGAUUGGUCCUGAAGUCCCAUGCCUCGGCAGAGCUCCGCACCCUUCAUGACACUGAUGAGAUGACUGCCAUGUGAAGCCCCAGCCGCACUGCCCUCGACGCCCAGUCCUCCAUCUUGUUUCUACUGUAUGUGUGAGAGGAGGAAGAUGACAGACUGGUAACCAGGUUCCACCUACAGCCUUCCUCACCAUCUUGUUCUCUCUCUGUGUCUAAUACAAUGGAGAAAGAGGGCAUGGAUAGUGUGUGUGUGUUUGUGUGUAUGUGUGUGGGGGGGGGGGGAGUUGUGUGUUUGUGUGUGAUACUAGGUGUGUGUGUUUGUCUUUCUAGUCUUCUCUGGUGACUCAGAUGUUUGAGGUACUUUACAUGAUGGUCUCAUCGCUGCAGCCCAUCCUGCAUUGCUUGCACACACACGUUGUCAUGUUUAAACUAUCAUCACAUUUACUGUCUACUGUGACGGAUGAACUCUAAAUGUAUUUUAUUAUGAAUGAAUGCGGAAACAUCCUCGAUCGAGUUAUACCAUGCAUUAGCAUGCAAUUUACUAUAUCACCUUGUGACAGGCCACAGUCUGGCCAGCAUGGAAUCAGGCCUCUGUUGUUUUCGUGAGAUAUGAUGUACCGUAUUACUGAAGGAACCGUCUGUAAAGUUAAUUUGUCUUCACAACUGCCAGGAGCGACUUUUUAACCUCACUUCCUGAAACGUCAUAAUCACGCAUCAUGUUUGCACCAAUAAAAGGCAAGGCUAAUUAUCAGCAUAAACCAUAAAUAAAUCAAAAUAUAGAAACAUAAAUAUUAUGACAGCCCUAUGUUCACCACAAAGAAAAGUAUCAAAAUAUACUACACAAGCUAGUAUUCACCAAAAAUAUAGGCUAGCAUUUAUCACAAAUACAAGUUAACAUUCAGCACAAAAGUGCUAAACUUCACCUAAUAUACAGGAAAGCAUUCACCACAAAAAAGGCUAGCAGUUACUAAAAAAAUAGGCUAACAUUCACCACAAAUACAAGUGCUAAACUUACUCAAAUACAGGUAACAUUUAUCACAAAUACAGGCUAACAUUAACCUUAAAUACACUGCUUUGGAAUUGUCCUAAUUUAAUUAUGAGUAACAUUAUUUGCAAUGUGAACGACAAUGUUUCGUCCAACAAACACUUUGAGCAUGAUCCUACUAGCCUAAUAUAAACGGGGCAUUUAAAAUAACUAACAUUGUUGGGUAUCACUUGUUGGGUACCACAGUACAUCUGUGCCCAGGAGCUCCUACCUCGUGCUGGGGACAGUCUCUUCUGUUGGGGACAGUCUCUCCUGCUAGGGACAGUCUCUCCUGAUGGGGACAGUCUCUCCUGCUAGGGACAGUCUCUCCUUCUGGGGACAGUCUCUCCUGAUGGGGACAGUCUCUCCUGCUAGGGACAGUCUCUCCUUCUGGGGACAGUCUCU